AUGGAUGGCACUGGGGGCCCUCUGUUGUGCUUCCCCAACCUCAACUCCUCCUGCAAGCGGCUGCUGCGCCCCCACUCUGAUGCUGCAGUACUCUACACCCUGCUGGCCCUCGUCUCUCUGCUCACUGUGAAACUCAACCUGCUCGUCAUCAUCUCCAUCUCCCACUUCCGUCAGCUCCGCACCCCGACCAACACCCUGCUCCUGUCUCUGGCUGUGUCCGACAUGCUGGUGGGGCUGCUGGUGAUGCCCAUCGAAGGCCUGCGCUACGUGGAGACGUGCUGGCUGCUGGGAUGGCUGAUGUGCACUCUGACUCCUUAUGUUUCAUACUGUCUUCUUUCUGUCUCUGUGGGCCACAUGGUGCUCAUAUCUGUGGACCGUUAUGUGGCUAUCUGUUACCCGCUGCUCUAUUCCUCUAGAAUUACCCUGAACAGAGUGAAAUUUUUAAUCAGUUUAUGCUGGGCCUGUUCUAUGAUCUACAACGGCUGUAUUCUGAUGGGACAUUUAGGGAGGGAGGACAGUUUCGGCUCCUGCCACGGGGAGUGCGUGGUGGUCGUCGGCCACGCUGCAGGCACUGUUGAUCUCUUUGCGACGUUUGUCGGGCCCUGUGCUAUCAUGGUUGUUCUCUAUGUGAGGGUGUUUGUUGUUGCUGUCUCUCAGGCACGUGUGAUUCGGUUGCAGACUGCUGCCAUUAGUUUCACCGCAGCUACAACUGCAAAAAAAUCAGAGAGGAAGGCAGCCAGGACUCUUGGGAUUGUGAUAGCUGUGUUUCUAAUGUGCUUUUGCCCAUAUUACUAUCCUGCUCUCAAAGGUGAGGACACCUCAAACACCUUGUCAUAUGCUGCAGUGUUGUCUUGGCUCAUACUGACAAACUCAUGUGUGAACCCUCUGAUUUAUGCUCUGUUCUACCCCUGGUUUAGGAAAGCUAUCAAACUCAUCCUUACACUCAAAAUACUCAGGGUCCCUGAAUCUCAGGACACCAAGAUCCUGUAG